AUGCCUCCCAUGUAUCAGCUGGAAGACUAUGAUCUGUGCCUUCAAAAACCUCCAAGCCAGUUGUUGGGACACAGCACAUAUUGCUUGGUUUAUGCGGAAAUUGUUCCAAACGCCAGCUCCGCAUUGUGGCAUGAAAUUGACAAAGUUUCCCAGAAUGCGAAGCAUAAUUUUCGACACGAUCAUCUAUUUCUGGGUGUUUGCCUAGAACGUUGCAAGAGAGCGCUCAGCACGCUAAGUAGAUUCCAAAUCCAACAGCUCUACGAGGGCAAAGCCAUGGAUAAGGUGCUGUACAAUUAUUACGCCAAGGUCCACAAAAGGGAUACGGAUGAGCGCCUACACUACGACCACCUGGUUAACAGUUGCCUGAAUCGUCAAUACGGUCGCCAAUUCCAUUUAAGGCUUAGAAGCACCAUCGAGUACUGUGUUUCUAUAUCCUCAAUUGACAAUAUUUCAGACUCAUUGGACGUUGUAUUUUACACUAUUUUUGGUGUUCUGGUUUUUCUGAACGUAGCCUCAACAUUCUACGAUUAUCGAUUGAAGCUUCAACAGCCUUUAAGCGCACAGAACAAUACCUUUUAUCAGGAACCUUUAAAAACUAGUGGUCAGAAACUCUUUAGCGCCUUUUCACUUUGUCGAAAUUAUUAUCGUCUCGUCCUUCCACACGCAAGCGAUUUCUCAAAAGAUCUCCGCUUUUUUGAUGCCUUUCGUGUUAUUGGAGUUUUUAUCGUCAUUCUUGGCCAUACAUUGAUGAUAUUUAUGACUGUGCCAGUUCAAAACACAGAAUUUUUCGAGCAGCUUUUAAAUAGAUUCGAGACCUCGAUUUAUCAAAACGGCAGUGCUGUUAUACAAAUCUUUUUUGUUAUGAGUGCUUUCCUUCUAUAUAUUAAUUUCACUGAUCGGCAAUUGAUAAACAAGCAAUCAAGCAUAUUAACUUGCAUAGGAGUCUAUUUUCGUGUUUUUCUCGUCAGAUAUUUUAGACUCUUGCCCUCGUUGGUCUUAUUGAUUCUCUUCAAUGGCACGAUGUUAACUCGCCUUCAAGAUGGCCCCUUCUGGAGGCACAUUACAGAAGCGGAGCGAACUUUUUGUCGCGAAAAUUGGUGGAAAAACUUAUUGUUCGUCAACAACUAUCUACUAGAAGAGAGUUGUGCUCAACAGACCUGGUAUAUGGCCGCAGACAUGCAACUAUUUGAGUUGUUCCUAAUUAAUAUAAUUAUAGCAAAAAAACAUCCUAAGAUCGAACGUUUCAUGAAUGGUCUCCUAAUCGUUCUAUCAUUUGCUGUUCCUGCCCUCCUGACCUAUUUUCUGAAACUGGAAGCUGUCUAUCACGCGAAGCCAGAAACUUAUCGCUAUUUAUUCUUUCGCGAUUCAGAUACAUUCUAUCAGACUUAUCCUCCUUUCUACACCAACAUAGGUGGAUAUUGUGUAGGCUUUUUCUGCGGAAAGUUUUACCUAAAAAAUAGGUCUUCAGAACCCAAAUAUCGGGGUAAAUUAAAAUACGAGCUUGGCAUGUGGCUUCUAAUUCCUGCAGUAAUGAUAAUGUUGUCUUCGGGGUAUAUAUUUAUCAAGAACGAUUUUGAGAAACCAUCUAUUUGGCUGGCACUAUAUGCUGGUCUAUACAAAAACGUCUGGAUUUUGGUCUGUGCCGGCUUUAUUUGUUGUAUGUGCGUUAAAUUGGGUUGGCUAGCCUAUGACUUAUGCGUGCUUUCCGUGUUUCGUCCAAUGGCUCGCAUGUCCUUUCAGGCAUUUCUGUGGCAUGUGGCCGUACUACGUCUGGUAGCUGGAUAUAUGAGGCAACCAAUUUACAUAAAUAGAUUGUAUUUGUUUAGCAGCGUUAUAUUGGUUUUUAUUUUGACGCAAUUGGUUGCAUUUGUUGUUUCAAUACUAGUUGAAUACCCUUUAGUACAGGUUACCAAAUUAAUGAUGAUACACGGAAAAUCUAGCAAAAAAAACGUAUCGGCAUCUGAAAGACCAAUGGAAUUGGAGAAAAUUUAA